GCGAAUCUUGGCACUUUUCAUCUAUCUCCAAAAGUCGUAAAGUACUAAUUAACAUCCGUAUCAUUUCCGCUGCCCCGGCUCCCUCAAUUCUACUAUUGCCAACAAAGGAAGCAUAUGCCAUAGCUAAGCAAAUCCAAGCCAGUGGACAUGAAGAAGAAGAACAUACCCGGGAACGUCGGCGAUGAGAUGCCCGGCGGCAGCCGGCGUCGGGGGAAGGCUUUCACGCCGAGAAAUUGCAAGAAAAACAGUGCUACUACCUCGGUACAAUCCUUGCGCCAUCCUCAUCAUCCAUCGUCACUACCGGAAGGCGUCCAGUUUCAGCUCUACACUUUCCCGGUUACUGCAAGGUGUGUUGGAGAUGGCGAUGGCUUCACUGCUCAUGUCGAAGAAGACAGCAGGGUACUAAAUGGUUCAAACAACGGAGAGAUUCUUUCAGGGAAAUACAAAAUUAGAAUGAGGGGAAUUGAUGCACCAGAGCUGAAAAUGGAGUAUGGGAUGGAGGCUAGGAAUGAGCUGGUGAAUCUCAUCGAGGGGAAAUGUGUCAUGAUUUAUGUGUAUGAGAAGGACCAGUACGAGCGAUACAUUGGUGAUAUCUACUGUGGUGGCGUGUUUAUCCAAGAGGAAAUGCUGAAGAGGGGCUUCGCAUGGUUUUGCAAAAUUUAUGACAAACGUUGUGAAUUUGAGCAAUGGGAGAGGGAAGCGAGAGAUGCACGCCGAGGGCUCUGGCUGUCAGAUAAUCCUAAGAAGCCAUGGGAAUGGAAGAGAGAUCACCCGCGCAAUGCAAAAAAACAAGAUUGCAUUCAGAUGGAUAAUGGGAGCUAUGAAGCCCUAUCAGGGAUGAUAAAGGAGAAAAAGAAUUAUGAGGAAAAAGCUAUGGAAUGGAAAAAGAAAUGGGAGAGUGUUGUAGCUGAAAACCAGAUGCUGAAUGAUCAACUUCGGGACUCCAAGGAGGCCCUAUCAAUUAUGAUAAAGGAGAAGAAGAAUUCCGAGGAAAAAUCUACGGAGUGGAAAAAGAAAUGGGGGAGUGCUGUAGCUGAAAACCAGAUGCUGUUUCGUGAGUUAAAGGAGGUGCUUCAGAAUGAGGAAAAAGCAUGCAGGCAGCACGUCAAACAAAGAGUCAUUUGGGUUGGCACAUCUAUACUUGCUGUUGGUAUUGCAGUGUUGUGCAUAAAAUGGAAAACACCUCCUAAGAAGAAUGGUGCUACUCUUCUAUACCACUACGCUAGGACCAGGAUUUGGUAACACAUAGAUAUGCUACUGCAGCUUUAAAAAGUGUUAGUAAGGCCUGUAGUAACACAAUUUAUAUGUAUUUUUGUAGCAUGUGUUACAACGACUGGGUUUAUUGUAGCACAUAAUAGCUGACCAUAUAUAUAAUAAAAUGUGUUAGAAGUACUCCAUAGCAACACAUAUCAUAUGUGUUGCCAGAGGCUCUAGAAACACAGUUUUCUACAUGUAGUAACAUGGAUAGUGACAUCCUUUUCUAAUUGUAGCAGCACAAUUAGUAACA